GUCCGUUUUUUUUUUCUUCUUCUUCUCAGAAUGUUGAACGGCCUGCGACCUCUCGCUUCAGCGGCUGUCUCUGCAGCGGUUCAGCGACCGAUGAUCAAGCCUGCCUCGGCCCGCUCGUUCUCUGCGCUCGCCCUCCGCGGUGCCACCCGCCUCACCGUCCCUAAGGCCGCUGUCGCCGCGUCGGCCUCUCAGAUCGCUGCCCAGCAGCCCAAGCGCUUCCUGUCGCUGCACGAGUACCUGAGCAUGGACAUUCUCCAACAGAACGGCAUUGCCACACCGAAGGGCCGUGUCGCCAAGACCCCCGAGGAAGCCGAGCAGGUUGCUGCCGAGCUUGGUACCGAGGACAUUGUCAUCAAGGCUCAGGUUUUGGCUGGCGGCCGCGGCAAGGGCACCUUCCAGAACGGCCUCAAAGGCGGUGUUCGCACCAUUUACUCACCCGCAGAGGCUCGCAUGUACGCUGAGCGCAUGAUCGGUCAACGACUUGUGACCAAGCAGACUGGCGCGGAGGGCCGAGUGUGCAACGAAGUCUAUAUUUGCGAGCGUCUCUAUGCUCGACGGGAAUACUACUUUGCCAUUCUUAUGGAUCGCGCGACAGCUGGUCCUCUGCUUGUCGGCAGCUCGCAAGGUGGUGUCGAUAUCGAGACGGUCGCUCACGAAAACCCUGACGCGAUUGUCAAGCAAGCAAUCGACAUUAACAAGGGUCUGUCUGAGGCAGAGGCCAUCAAAUUCGCAACUCUCAUGGGCUUCUCGCCAUCUUGCGUUCGCGACGCCGCCGAAAACAUCAUCCGCUUGUACAAUGUCUUUAUCAAGUACGAUUCGACCAUGGUUGAGAUCAACCCCAUGGCUGAAGUCUCAAGUGGCAAGGUCAUCUGCAUGGAUGCCAAGCUGAACUUUGACGAUAACGCUGCUUUCCGUCAAAAGGAGGUGUUUGCUCGUCGCGAUUACUCGCAAGAGGACGAGCGUGAGGUUCGCGCCGCCCAGGCCGAUCUGAACUACAUUGGCCUUGAUGGCUCCAUUGGCUGCCUUGUCAACGGUGCCGGUCUUGCUAUGGCUACCCUUGACAUCAUCAAGCUGCACGGCGGCAACCCUGCCAACUUCCUUGACGUCGGUGGCGGUGCUACUGCCCAGCAGGUGACCGAGGCUUUCAAGAUUAUCUCAUCCGACCCGAAGGUCACUGCGAUUCUCGUCAACAUUUUCGGUGGCAUCAUGCGAUGCGACAUUAUCGCCCAAGGCAUCAUUGCUGCCGCUUCGACUCUUGACUUGAGGAUUCCCCUGAUUGUUCGUCUUCAAGGCACUCGUGUGAAUGAGGCUAAGGAACUCAUCGACAAGAGCGGGUUGCGAAUCAUGCUUCUGAACAACCUUGACGAGGCUGCCAAGCGCGCCGUCCAGGUGUCUCAGAUUGUCACGCUUGCCAAGUCCGCCUCGGUCGGUGUCAAGUUUGAGCUUCCCAUUUAAAGCAGACGUCCAAUAGCGAGACCUGACGACCUGCCGUUUGGAUUUUUUUGCCAUGUAUCGAUUCUUUCAUUUUUUUUUUCUUGCACGGAUUUUUCCAUUACUUUUUUUUUGUUUGUGUGUGUAUGUGGGCAAGUUGACUUGCCUGUCGUUCGUCCAAUAUACCUGUGAAAAACGAG